UCCCGGGGAAGCAGCCAUUGGCUGAAGGGGAAUCAGCUGGGAGAAGGGCGUGGCGAGAGGCCACAUCUGAGAGAGGUGGUUAGACUGUGUGCUGUCAGUGCAGCCUAACCCGUCCCAGGUCACCAGCGGCAGUGAGUCUGAGUCAGCCAUUGUGCAACCUCCAGCAGCAACAGCAGCCAGAAUGUCCAAGAAAAUUGCCGGUGGCUCCGUGGUGGAGAUGCAGGGAGAUGAGAUGACGCGCGUUAUCUGGGACCUGAUUAAAGAGAAGCUCAUUUUGCCGUAUGUGGAGCUGGAUCUGCACAGCUAUGAUCUUGGCAUGGAGAACCGCGAUCUGACUGACGAUAAGGUCACCGUUGAAGCCGCUGAAGCCAUUCAGAAAUAUAACGUCGGAAUCAAGUGCGCCACUAUUACGCCCGACGAGAACAGGGUGGAGGAGUUUAAGCUGAAGCAAAUGUGGAAGUCGCCAAACGGAACCAUAAGGAACAUUCUGGGGGGGACUGUGUUCAGAGAGGCCAUCAUCUGCAAGAACAUUCCCCGGCUGGUCUCUGGAUGGGUCAAACCCAUUAUCAUUGGCCGUCAUGCUUACGGGGAUCAGUACAGGGCGACAGACUUUGUUGUUCCCGGGCCGGGCACAGUGGAAAUAUCCUUCACUCCUAAAGGCGCCGGGGAACCUAUUAAAUACGUUAUACAUAAUUUUAAAGACGGUGGCGGUGUCGCUCUCGGUAUGUACAAUACAGACCAGUCCAUCAGAGAUUUUGCCCACAGCUCCUUCCAGAUGGCUUUGGUCAAGGCCUGGCCCCUAUAUAUGAGUACCAAAAACACCAUCCUCAAGCGCUACGAUGGACGAUUCAAAGACAUCUUCCAGGAGAUUUAUGACAAAGAGUACAAAUCCAAGUUCGAUGAGAAAAAGAUCUGGUACGAGCACAGACUCAUCGAUGAUAUGGUGGCCCAAGCCAUGAAAUCUGAGGGCGGCUUCAUCUGGGCGUGCAAAAACUACGACGGAGACGUACAGUCAGAUUCAGUGGCUCAAGGCUACGGCUCCCUGGGAAUGAUGACCAGCGUCCUCAUCUGUCCUGAUGGGAAGACGGUGGAAGCAGAAGCGGCACACGGUACGGUCACUCGCCACUACCGGAUGCACCAGAAAGGCCAGGAGACCUCUACUAAUCCUAUCGCUUCCAUCUUUGCGUGGACCAGAGGGCUGGAGCACAGAGCGAAGCUGGAUAACAAUUGCGAACUUAAAACCUUUGCGACGGCUUUAGAGGAAGUUUGCAUUGAGACAAUAGAGGCCGGAUUUAUGACUAAAGACCUCGCUGCUUGUAUCAAGGGCUUACCGAACGUCCAGCGAUCCGAUUACUUGAAUACAUUUGAAUUCCUGGACAAACUGGCUGAGAACUUACAGCGGAAGCUGGCCGCUCAGCCUAAACUGUAACCGCACCGCGGUAUGAAGCGAAUCUCAGGUUUACGUCUACACCAGUAGCGCACUGCACUCAGCAGGACCUUUUCAUUUCCCCACAACGCAAAUCGGACCUUCCUGUUGGUUUAUAGUCACUUUAUAGGUUUUAUACAACAUCUGCAUCUGCAUCCAGGCUUUUGCUGGAGAUGUCCCCUUUGGAGGUGGUAGUUAUUGUGGCAUAAAAUAUUCCUUGGCACAGUUAUAUCUUAGAGACCUUGAUAUAGCAAAGAAUAAAACUGCAAAUGCCACGGCUUUUAGGCCUUAACAAAAGGGCUGCUGCUACAGCAAACUCCCAGGAAAGCACAACAUGUUAGUCCCUUCCGAUGACGUACCUGGCGUGUGAUUAGGCCAGUCUGAGGCUUGGCCUUUUGCACCGCUAGAGCGCAAUACAAGAGGAAGAAAACCCUGCCUCAACUUUUUAAAAUGUGGCAACUGUCAGCAAACGUGGAAUAUUGUAUGUCGGGACAGGAGUAUAGGUUGGCUAUUAUUGUAUAAUAACGUCCAUCAGUCAGUUUACUUGUUCUUAAGGUUUUAAGUCUUUGCUGCUCUUCUAUAUGGACCAAAUCUAUAGACAAAUGUUGUUGUUGUACAGUGUUCCAGAACCAAUUGUAAUUGGAUUGCGGUGUAACGGAGCAGAAUUCCUAAAGCAUGCACAGGUUUGAAUGGCCUCAGAAUAAGAAAAGUCCAAUUUAGUAACUAAGGGUAAAACUCUUAAAUAUCAUAUCAAGAUUCAGUAGGACAUAUUUUGGGUGACUAUAGCCGCAAGUGAUGAAAACACUAAGAAACGCGUCAUAUUCUGAUAUAUUGGGACAAAGACAUUGAACCGAAUCACGCUCUAGAACGCCAUUAGCAUUUACGUGAAUGCAACAUUAUUUAUGCAAUUCUGGUUUAUAAAUUACCAUACUGUGUAAUUAGUUACUAGGAUUGAAGAACCUAAAUAUUGGUAAACAUUCCCCAUAUUAGAUAUACUUUGUCAAAUAGAAUUAUGUAACCUGAAAUACAUUUAAGGAUUCUCUCCGUACCAUGGAUGGGUCACAGACAGCAUUUGACCGUCUUCCUACUAAUCUCCAUGGUCUGUUUUGCACAAUAUUGUGUGACACUCUUUAUGAAUAGGUGCUAGUAAGUACAUUAUGCCCAAUGCAGUAAGCCCAUGAAAACACUAAGGUCUUGGAACAGGCCACAAGCAGUGACUCAGACGUGUUCUGGGUAACCUUUGUGCGUCAGUUCUCUCCCUGUACGAUGGCUGGUAGUACCGCAUCUGCUCCCCCUUAUGUUUUUCCCAUCAGUCAGUCACCAUUCCCCCCCCCAAUUGUCAUUUGCAAACAUGUUGUGUUUUCCACUUCAUACUCUACGAUUAUGUUCAUUGCAAACCAUAACUAAUUGUUAUAACAGAAAGGUUUGGUAUUUUUUAAUAAAUCAAGUUCCUACUGAAA